GCAACCGCUGGGGGGGCUCUAAAGACUGGGGAGUGAAGUUUUCUCACAAGAAAGGGGAAAGCAAGUCAUCUUCUUCAAGCAAUUCAUCUGGGGUAAGUGGCUGGUCUUAUAGCGAAGUUGCCGCAGCGCUUACCGAUGAAGCGGCCGAAGUGCUGAAAAAACUGGCUGGAGUGGAGACACGGUUGAAGACGCAAAAAACAGACAUCAGGCAUUUGGUUGAGGAGGCUGAAUCCAUGGCACAAGGGGAGUUUUCUGCUUUCAGAUGCUUGCGGAAUAGCAUAGAGAAGCUGGCGAUGGGAACGGCUUAUCAGCACGAACAAGCCAACACGAUAAGGAGCGUCAUCCGCGAGGUAGGUGACGUGAUCACCACCUUUCAGGCAAGGUCUUUCAUCAGAUUCAAGUCGUUAGGCGUGUCCGGUUCUCCUAUUGAGUUUUUAACUAGUACUACAGCUUCAGCCGAAUUUUGGAAAUCAUCUAGUAAAAGCACUACUGCAGGCCAGGUCGGCAAGCUUUCUAGAUCAGGCGACGCCAUUGCGAUGAAAAACGUGCCGACUUCGGACAAUCCUAAGGAGAUCGAGGAGGUGUUUGGUGUAGAAAAAACUAGGAAGCUUUUGCUUCAGAUUGGUCAGAUGAGGUUAGCCUCGGUCGCAGUCACCACGCAAUCCAGCUACGAGAGCAUUUUGCGCUCAGCGGUAGAAUUGUUAGGCGGUUCACAUGCAGCAAUGUUUCCCAUCAUAUCAGCAGAUCAGUGGGAACUUUUUGUUUUCGGGGUGUUUGCCGCUUGCAGAUCACAGAAGAAGCACGUGCAGGAGGGUGGACCACACGACGGGAAGGUGAAGUGGUCUCUCAUCAACAAAGUCACUUCCGCCCUUAGUUGGUAUCAUGAGUCAGCAUGUACGCACGUGGACUACGCGGGUAUCGCGCGCGCGGCGUCUCCAAUGAGGCUAAGAGAAGCACUGAAAAAGGCUUGCGUACAUCUGGUGGAGGAAAAAAAGAACGAAAUCUCAUUCGGGCAACUAGUCCUAAUCAACGACUACUUGUUUGCGAAGAUUGAAAAAUUUUUCUCCUACUCCGAGGCGAAAAAAGAUCACAUCUUCAUAGGCAUGCAGCGCGCUGAGCAUUUAGGGUUGUCCACCAAGGUGAAGAGCAAAAACGAGCUUUCUUCCUUCUUGUGCAUCCUCAGAACAAUGUUCAUGCUGCGGGUAGGAGUGUUGGCCGAACGCAGGAAGAGCGACAUCAUAGAAUUGGAGUGGGACAGAAUUUCCGUGGGUGAAGGCAGAAGUCUGGUGCUGCAUCUAGUGAAAACCAAGAUGGACAGACUGGCUCUUGGAUGCAAGACGGUGGUGCCGCAUCUCGAUCGUUUGAAGAUUUCGCCACAGGAAAUUAUGGAAACUCUAACUUUUUUCCGCAGCUACCUGGUUGAAGAAAAGCGAUGGGCCAGGCCUAAGGUCCUUGCGGCUUCAGACGGACCCUCGCCGGUCAUUGCGACCGAUCACAGGGCGGUAGAGGUAGUAAAAGACUACUGCGUGGUGACAUACGACUCGGCAAGGCAACGAAUGUCCAAGAUGUCUAGUAGCAACUUCAAUCCCUAUAUGAUGAAAUGUAUUUUGGAAGUGCCAGGCAUGAAGGACAACCUUACAGAAAAAACCAAGAAGAACAACGUCCGCGCCGUCGGCCUUCGGAAGUCCGGCGUGACGUUGUAUUCGAGGUACAACAGGGACCUAGCGCUCAACCUUGGGGGCCUUAGUGCAAAAUCCAACACCAUGGAAAUUCAUUAUGCCCAAUACACGAUUGAGCAGUGGCAGAGAGCGACGACGAAUACGCUGCUGGAUGCGGAGUCAACCUUGAAAAUUGACUCGGUCAUGGCGUUGUUUGGAGGUAACUCUAGUGUAAGCAAUAUCAUCAGUACCCUACGAGACAAGUCAAGAAGUGUUAGACUAGACAUCUUGCUUAAACGUAUUGGCGUCUUACAUCACGCCUGUAACCCAGCGGCUAGACGUAUGCUACGUGAAGUUAAGUGGAAUGAUGUUUACCAGGCUGCUAAGAAGAACAAGUUUACCACAACGUUUUUUAGUGACGAGGACAUGAAGAAUGUUUGUACUACUUUGGCUGAGUUAAAACGUGACAAGUUGUUAGACUAAUUUGACUACGUACACCCACCUGGCCGGCUUACGGCGGUUGUCUUUGGAAAGUAGUGGUAUCACAGGUUUAUUCUAGACACUUUUGUUGACACAGAACAGGCAGAUCAGGCACCCAGGCCUCAGAUUGGUUUUUAGGCCAGGCUCCUCCAGUUUAGAAUUGUGACAGUUUCUUACGAUCAGUCUCACCGACCCAGAAGUACACACGAUAGUGUGGGUGGCACGCCG